UCACAUGAUGGGAAUACGUGUGUGUUUGAGGGACCAGUAGCAUGCGUCGAGUUGUAUUGGAGUCCUCACUCUUGAAGUUUAUAUAUUGCUGCUGGGCGCAUCGAAACUCAUAUUUCCCUUAAUCAAGAAACAAUCUUAUACAACUUUUCAAAUCUUUUAAAAGUCCGCACUCAAUGGCUAUCUCAACGACGACAUUUAUCCUGUGCGGUCCUCAGGCUCGCCUUCCUGCAUCACAAGAACUGGAUCAACUCAGAAAAGUCUUGCUGAGCCAUGAAACACUCCGCGAGUGUCUAAACUCUACACUCAAAGACCUGCCCAAGCUUUUUGGGUAGUUGACUGCUUCAGAUACCUCGUUGAAAGAGGUCCCAGCAGCUGAAUCCAUCGAAUCCCUUUCACAGUGGUUGAAGUCAGGGAAACUCUCCGUACCAGCUGAUAAGCUUCUUAAUGUUGCUGCAUUACCUUUCGCAGUUCUUUUGCAGAUCACAUUGUAUGUCCAACACAUGGACAACACAGAUUCUAGGUCUGAUUACAACCACACACUUCGCUCUCUGCAAAAGUAUGGCGUUCAAGGCUUCUGCACUGGCUUUCUUACUGCUGCAGCAAUUGACUUAUCUGAGAAUGAGGAGCAAUUGGCCGUGAAUACCGCUACUAGUUUGCGUCUAGCAAUGUGCAUAGGUGCGUACAUUGAUCAAAAUGUUAUCUCUGUGGACUCCUUGAGCCCAGUAUCUACUCUCCCCGUUCGAUGGAAGCAGGGCCAGUUCUCAAAAGCUCAGGUUAAAAAGAUAUUACGUGGAUAUUCACACGUAAGCUCCCAUUAAAAUUGUCCUCUUAAACCAGAUUGCUCAUUCAUAUACAGGCUUACAUCUCAUGCAUUACCGACAACACUUGCGUCACUAUCACUGCCCAAGGACAAGACGAAAAGAAGCUCACAAAAGCAUUUAAAGAAGCUGGUCUUCGUGCCAAAACCGUAGAUAUCGACGGGCGAUUUCAUUCAGCUGCCGACCACACUGCAGCAGCUCAAAAGCUAAAAGCCUUCGCACAAUCCGCCAAAGAUCUUCAGUUUCCUGCAAGUUCCCAACUUAAAGCUCCUUUACGGAUGAAUAUCACGGGAGAACCAAUAGCUGGUGACGUCUCAAUUACUGAUAUUGCAAGUGAGAGUAUCCUCCUCCAUCGGCUGACUAGUACACGACUGUAUAGAACACUUUAGGCGCUUUUCCAACUAAUAGCCCAAAUGUCAUUACGUUUGCUUUCGAGGAGGGUGUUUUACCUUUGAGUCUUUCACAGAGAAACUAUACCACGGAUGGUAUCAAUGGGGCUAAUGGUAUCCACAAUAUUAACGGCACCAAUGGUACCAAAGGGGUUAAUGGUAUAAAUGGGGAGCUAAAAGCAAAAUAUCCACCACAUUCAGCGGCAGUAGUUGGCAUGUCGUGUCGAUUUCCGGGUACCAAUGACGUGGAUAAAUUCUGGGACCUCCUCUCAUCAGGCGUUUCCAUGGUUCAAAAAGUGCCCGCCGACCGCCUGAAUAUUCACAAUCACAGACUUGCUGACCAUAGCAACACUGAAUUCUGGGGAAACUUCAUUGAUGACCCGAAGAGUUUUAACCACCGUUUCUUCAAAAAAUCAGGACGCGAAGCCGUCUCCUGGGAUCCUGAGAAGAGAGUUCUACUGGAAGUCGUUUACGAAGCUCUGGAAUCUACCGGUCAUUUCGGCCCUGCUGGUGAGAACCAGCCGAACGAUUAUGGCUGCUAUAUUGGUGCUGUGGCAAAGAACUAUUAUGAUAAUGUUGCAUGCCAUCCACCAAAUGCAUACUCUAUGUUGGAACAUCGCGCGCGUUCUUUAGUGGAAGAAUUGCGCAUCAAUUUGGAUUUUCGAGUCCGGCUAUGACGAUUGAUACUGCAUGUUCUUCAUAUCUAGUGGCGAUAAAUACUGCUUGUGGAGCAAUUCAAUCAGGAGAGUGCUCGUGUGCAAUUGCUGGUGGAACGAAUAUUUUUAGCAAUCCCUACCGUUAUCAGAAUCUGGCUGCCGCAGGAUUCUUGGGCCCUUCCGGUGGCUGUAAAACAUUUGAUGCCUCUGCUGAUGGUUACUGCCGUGGAGAAGGUGUUGCAGCCGUGGUCCUCAAAUCUCUCUCAGCUGCUAUUGAGGAGGGUGAUCACGUCUUGGGUGUGAUUGUUGGAUCGGCGGUAAACCAGAAUCUCAACGAUGCUCAUAUCACUGUUCCAUGCUCUUCUUCUCAAACGACCGUUUACAAGAAGGUGCUUAAUAUGGCAAAUGCUCCCUCAUCUAGCGUCACAUACGUCGAAGCUCAUGGCACCGGUAAGAAUUUCCCACCAAAAACCCAUGAAAUCAAUCUAAUAGUGUACUGCAGGAACUCAAGUUGGCGACCCCAUCAAAUGCCAGAGUAUUCGUGACGCUUUUGGUGGCUCUGAUCGUCAAGAAAUGCUCCAUUUUGGCUCUGUCAAAGGCCAUAUUGGCCAUACAGAGGCUUCUACCGGUGUCGCUGGACCUAUCAAGGUUCUUCUCAUGAUGAAGCACAAAACCAUCUUGGGACAAGCUAGCUACAACAAUUCGAACCCAAAGAUUCCGCACUUGAACUAGCUAUGAUAACUAUUGCAAAGACUUCCACGCCAUGGAAGACAUCUUCGAAGCUUGCAUGUAUCAACAGCUACGGUGUAGUAGGUAUUAAUGCCGUCGUUGCUGUCCGUGAGGCUGGCUUGAGUCUUCCAAGACUUUGAGUGAACGACCAGCUAUUACCGGAAAGCAGCCGUUCUAGCUAUCUGCUGCUUCGGAAUCCAGUUUGAUCGCGUAUGCGGGAAAGCCUGUGUCAUUUAUAGAAGCAGAGCGAUCAUCUUCUACGAACACUGCCCAUCUUCUUUCAGACGUUCUCUUCAACCUGACAGAUAAAGCCAACCAUACGCUUGCCUACUCAGUUACGAAAGCCGUUACUGAUUUAGACGACUUAGAGCAGCUACUCAGGAGUAUUGUAGCAGGCACUAAAACGCCAGUGAAAGACUCCUAACCCUACCUCGCGUCCGGUCAUCAUGGUUUUC